CUAAAGUAGCUGGUCCGAGCAACUGGAGUGGAGGGAAAAAAAUUCGAUAACCCAGUGAAAAUGCGUCCAAUUGUCUUCAAACUGAGCCAAGUAAUAAACUACAACAAGUUAUCAUGAAUAUAAACAUGAACACUCAGGCACUUGUAUCUAUACUUUUGGUGUUUUUUGUGCUCAUUGAAGAAGGUCGGGUUCAUGGUGGAAAGAACCAUAAAAGAUUGGUCUACAAAAAGGGCGAUCAUUUAUUUAACAACAUCGCAAAAGCCUUCACAAAAAUGAUUCGAGACAUAUUCACCGAAACGAAGAUUCAUAGGUUCUGCACAACUCGUGCAGGAGAUCAGUUCAUUGUUGAAGAUACUACUGAUAAAAACAAAGAUGUAACUAAUCUAUUCCCAGUUAUGGCGGACUCCUUCCGGGAAUACGCGACUGACAAACUACUUACAACGGAUCGUGACAGUCUGUCUGUUUAUGGACAAGAACACAAGGGACCCGAUGAAAAUGCUAUUAAAUGGAAUGCAAACAUCGAAGACGUCAGAAGAAACGUUUUCGCUUCAAUUGCUAAAGUUGGAAUAGAGGUCAGCCACGGUCAAGAGAAUCACUGGCACUCCAAAAUAACCUCCAAGAAAGAAUUGAUCAAAUCGUCAAUAAACAGGAAUAUGUCGACAAAGAUGCGAUGAAACUUUUUAUGAAGAAACAACAGAACAUGCCGUUGGUUCGUCAAGUAGAACAGCGUUCUGAGGCUGUGCUGAUGGAUCUACCAGGCAAGGCCAACCGAUGGGCUGUGGAAGCGAAAAAAUUUAUUAUAAAGAAGUUCAGUGGUAAGAAGUAGCUUCCAAGAGCUGAGCAAAAUAAUCCAAAGCAGAUACAUGUUUGUUUUGAGUUAAAUGAUAUUUAUGAUUGCGAAUACGUAAUUGUAUUGC